AAAGACCCCGUUGAAAACUGCUGUGAAUAAAUAUUGUCGCAUCUUAGGGAAUUUUUAUUAACUGGGCAACGGACCAACAGUACUUUUUGUUUGGUCCAGUUGCUUUCACUUGCGUGCGAGGAGUGUAUGCGGUUAUGUCCGAAAAUUGCAGUGAUGCUACAGCCGAUACUUUAUUAGCAAAAGUAGUCGACCCAACAAAUGAAAUUAAAAACAAAACGGAGGAAUGUAGCAAUGGCAAGACAGAAAAAUCACGUUACAUCAAAACAGCCGUGUUAGGAGCUGGCUAUCUUACUAUGGGUUUCAAUCUCACUAUUCUUGGAUUAGCCAUUCCUUCAUUGGCGCAAAACAUCAAUGUUACAAUCGAUCAAGUUGCUCCAGUUAUUAUAUCACGUGGCGGCGGGUAUUUACUUGGAUCAAUUGCAGCUGGACUACUAGAUGGAAUGAUUGAUAUUCACCUCACCCUUAUUGCAUCACUGAUGUGCAUGUCUUGUUUUUUGGUAUUUAUUCCUAUGGCAACAAAUACUGUUUGGUUGUUUAUUGUAACUGCUCUGAAUUCAAUAGGACUUGGUGCAUUUGAAACAAUUGGAAAUGUUUAUUGUUUACAUCUGUGGGGGCCAAAGGUAGCUCCUUUCUUGCAGUUUAUUCAUUUUUGUUAUUGCUUCGGAUGUGCAGUUACACCUGCGCUAGCAAAACCAUUCUUGAAUGAAAUUGAACGUUCUAAUGUUACCACCGCUGCUGUUGAGACUUUGAAUUAUGAAGUGCAUUAUAUUGAAGAAACUUCUAUACCGUACUUAAGCAUAAUAUACAUUAUCAUGGCAAUUGUUGGCACACUAGUUUCACUGCUGUUUGUUUGUUUGAAAUUAUUUACCAAGCUUAAAAAUGGAAACGCUCAAAGAGAACAAAAAAGAAAAAGAGAGCAAAAGUUUUUUAGAUAUUCAAUCUUGUGCUUCCUAUUUUUGCUUUACUUUGUUUAUAUUGGUGCUGAAGUUGGCUUUAUAACUUAUUUAUACACGUUUGCAAUAAGUGAUGUGCCCGGUAUGCGUUACUCAAAGGAUAGUGCAACUGACAUGAGUACUGUGAACUACGUUUCUGUUGCUGUCGGCCAAUUUUGUUCCAUUAUUUUAGCAAAGAAGUUCUCAGCCAAAGUGCUUUUGGUGCUGGAUGUUGUUGUCCUAUUAUUAUCCACUAUCCUGAUGUUAUGCUUACCAUUGUAUGCAACAUCUGCACCCGUUUUAUUCUGGCUUGGGGUUGGAAUUAGUGGUUUUUCUGCAGCUAGUAUAUACGGCAUGGCAUUUGUUUGGGCGGAGAAAUAUAUUGUAGUAAAUGGAAGAGCUGCCAGUAUCUUUAUAGUUGGCGGAGCAUUGGGUGAAAUGGUUUUACCAAUUCCAGUUGGUCAACUUAUUGAAAGUUUCCCAAUGUCGUUUCUUUACUUUUCGCUUGGUUAUAUUAUGUUGCUAACAGUGUUAAUGUUCGUAAUGUUUCGAUUUGCAUCACGCUACAGUAACAGGGCUGCUUAAUAAUUUUUUACCCUUUUGUGUCUUGAGAAAUUUUUAAUCUUCUGCCUUAUAUUUAAUGUACUUGCAAUUUUAUUUACACGAAUCGCCUAUUCAAUAUACCGAAUAAUUUCUGAAAUAUUGUCUACCAGACAUAUCUUAGUUUUAAAACUAACUCUUCUCCUCAAAUAUUACGAUACUAACAAUUGAUGUCCUGUGUAGGUCAUAUUUAUUAGGGAAAUGACACUCUGGGAAAUAAUGGGCCAACUCUGGGUUAAACUCCUAAGGCCACAGUAUGCCUUGACAUAUUGACUUUACUUAUAUAAAAUCUAAUAAAAGUAUUUUUUACUCUUU